AUGGGGACGAAAAAUCUGAACGUAAAACAUUCUUUAGACUUCAAGCGGAAUAACCAGACAAACGGAGUCGCUUCUCUUAAAGAGAGGUUGCGGCAGAAUGCCAAUGCGAAGAAGUGGAAAGGAAGGCGAGAGAAGCAUUUUGGCAAUAAUCCUGCCCAAAAAGACUCAAAUUAUAAUUCUCCUGAAACUUACCUACCUAUUAAUACUCGUUAUGGGAUAAAAAAUAAUAGUUACUCUAAGCCCAAGCAUGAAGACCAGUAUAUGAAGAACGUUAGGAAGGUUUAUAAUACAAUCGAUUAUGAUGUUGGCCGCGGAAGGGCAGGGCAAGCUAAGCGUAAGAAGUUAGGAUCCUACAACCAUUCUCAUAGCUCUUCUAUCUCUGGAUCCCUUACUCGAAGCAAUAAGUUCUUGGCAUCGAAUGAUUUUGUGCUUAGUACAAGUCAAUAUAGAAGGAGCAACAAAAACUUUGACACUUCUUUUAAUGUUAAAGACACAGUAAAUCACCAGAGAAGAGCUUCGAAUAAUAUAAUUCCUUCCGGGAUCUCGAAUUUGAAAAGAAGAAAACGACAAGCAGACAUAGGGGGAAAUGGAGUCCUCUCCUUCCGUAACUCCUUCCAUAACAGCAACCAGAGUCUUGGGACUUUGUAUAACAAAAGUUCUGGAAUAAAUAAUUUCUGGGGAGUCUCGAGUAAAGUUAAUGCCUCCUUGAAUGGCAUCCACAAGAGGUCAAAGGAGAAGCUUAUCCCUCAAAAUGCAAGGCAAAGCUUGCACUUGAAGCUUAAGAAGAAGAUCUUUCAUAACUCCAAGAAGAGCAUUGGAGAGCACAGGAGGGAGAUCCAUAUGCUUCCUUUGAAUACAUUCAAUCGAAAAUUUUAACGAUAAAUAUAGCUUAAAUAUGAAGAAUAAAGAAGGAUUGCUUGUCAAGUCUUAUAAUAAUCCGAUUCCUGAGAAUGCAAGUACUUCUUUGGACAACUACCAUACUAAGAGUUACGAAGAUGUAGUCAAGAGCUCUUCUUCGAUAAUGUUCAAAAAUAUAAAUAAUCAGAGGCCUAAACCUAUAAACGGCCAGAUCAACCAUAAAAUACUAGCAGCCUUGGCUAAUAAAAAUCUUAAAGAGGGAAUUAUGAAGAAGAAGUCUAAGAAAGAUCUCAGUGCUGACGCUCGGAUAAUUAAUGCUUACAGCUAUGAUAAGGAGAAGAAGGGGCAUUGUAAGGUUCCUACAAUGGGCAGCACUGCUGAUCAAGAAGACCAUAGUGAAGAAACUACACAGGAGCUGUAUCAGACCGAGGCUCAGUCUUUUCCAGAGCCGCAUAAACAGAAUUCUUUUAUUAAUAAGAUUAGUGAUGAUUUGGACCAUGGUGAAGAUAAGCAUUACGGUUCUGAGGGAAAAGUUAACGAAUAUGAUGAGGGGCUUCCAAAGGAAUUCGAUUCUCCGUUCGAAUACAAAGCUAUUAGCCCAUCUCCCCAUCUGAACACGAGUGCUAUGAGCAAAGAAGUUGCCCUAGAUGACCGCUCCUCAAGGAUGAAAGAGGAUGAGAGCAAGAAGGACAGUAAAGAUUUCCCUCUCACUGCUGCUAAAGCCAUCAUUUACUACAGGAAAUAUCUGAGUGAGUAUGAAGAAUCAGAGAUUUUGAAUUACAGUCUGAUUUACUACAUAAAUUUGAGAGCCCCGAUUGAUAAGAAGACAGGUAAAUAAAGCAAAAAUUCCCCAAGAAUUCAAGGUCAUUAAGGGAGAACAACUGUGCUACAGAUAUGAAAUAAUUGAAUCCUUAGGUAAAGGCGCUUUUGGAGAGGUGAUCAAGUGCUUUGACCACAAAGAAAAUGAAGAUGUCGCUAUAAAAAUUCUCAAAAAUUCUUCUGACAAUUAUGAGCAAGGGAUGAAUGAAGUUAACAUCCUCCGAUAUGUUAAGGAGAAUGACCCUGAUGACGUUAGGAAUAUCAUCAAGAUUGGUGACACAUUCAUUUUUAGAAACCAGAUCUGCAUUGGAUUUGAGAUCAUGGACAUGAACCUCUAUGAUGUUAUCAAAGGCAGGAAUUUUAGAGGUAUGAAAGUCAAAUAUAUCCGAAGGAUCGCUCUUCACAUCUUAGUCGGACUCUGCUUCUUGGCUAGAUUCAAUGUAAUUCAUUGAGACAUGAAACCUGAAAACAUCCUUUUGAAGAAAAAGGAUGACCAGAAGGGCUAUAUUAUCAAGAUAAUCGAUUUCGGGUCAGCCUGUUUUAAAGAUAGCAUUGUUUACUCUUAUGUACAGAGCCGAUUUUACAGAGCUCCCGAGAUUAGUCUAGGAAUUCGUACUUACAGCCAAGCUAUUGAUAUGUGGAGUUUUGGAGCAAUGCUUGCUGAGCUAUACACCGGGAUCCCUCUUUUUCCUGCCGAGAGUGAGGAAGAGCUGCUUGGUCUUAUCAUGGAGCUCAGAGGCCCAAUGCCUUUCUAUAUGGUCAAAGAAGGUAUGAAAGGGAGUAAAUAUUUUAAAGAAGACGGAACCCCUAAAGAGCAUGUGGCUCUCAUGCCAAGGUCCAAGACUCAGAAUUCAAAAGAUAACCAUAGGCUUGAUUUGGAUGAAUAUGCUAAAUUAUGAGCUAUGAAGGAGGGAAUGACUGAACAGGUAAACCCUAGCGGACAGAAGGGCUCGUCUGACAACUCAGAGGAUGACUAUGAAGACGAGGAGAAUAUGGCUCUGAAGCAUGACCUCCACCUUGAUUCCCCUUCUAAACAUCAUUAUAUAGUUGGUGCUAAAUCACUAAACAAUGUAAUGCAGUGAGGAGACCUUGAAUUUGUUGAUUUCAUCGAGAGAUGACUUGAUCUUGAUCAUAAGAGAAGACUUACUGCUAAGGAUGCAUUGAAGCAUCCUUGGAUUGUUAAAGGUCUAAAAUAA